AUGAUAACACCUGAAAAGGAAGAACAGGAAAAAGAAAAAGAAUACAUUGUAAAAUCUGAAAAUGAAGAAGAACAGGAAGAAGUAGAAAUUAUAAAAUCUGAAAAUGAAGAACGGGAAAAAGUAGAAAAUGUAGAACCUGAAAAAGAAAAGUGCAAGGAGUCAGCUUUUUCAAAGACACCUAUUCCAAAGGAACUUGCUGGGCAACCCUCUCGCAGAUAUAUUGAGGACUAUGAUCUCCGUUCUUUACUCGGCAAAGGAGGUUUCGGAACGGUUUACCUCGCGAAACACAAGGCUACAGGAGAAAAGGUUGCUGUUAAGGCUUUGCAUAAACAAGGCAUAAAAAAAGAGAGGGCUGCCAAGAGCGUUAUACUAGAGAAGAACAUCCUUAAAUUGGCAAAAAGGAAUCAAAACCCCUUCCUAGUUGGCCUCUUUGCCUCAUUUCGGAGCGAACAUCACGUGUGUUUAGUAACAGACUACUGCGCCGGAGGGGACUUAUCAACAUAUCUGAAGGAGAAUCCCUUGCCACGAGAGAGAGUGGUAUUCUAUUCGGGUUGUGUCGUUUUAGGGUUGCAGUUUCUGCACCAACACAACAUCAUUCACCGAGAUAUAAAGCCAGAAAACAUUCUUCUGGACAGUGACGGUUAUGCUAAAAUCACUGAUUAUGGAGUCGCCAAGAGAACUUUAAGCUACGGAAAUACAACUUGGAGCAAAGGCGGAACCUGUUAUUACAUGGCCCCCGAAAUGAUCAAAGAAAUUGGCUACACUAAAUCUGUGGACUGGUGGGCAUUCGGAAUAAUGAUUUAUAGAAUGCUCACAGCUAAGUAUCCAUUUAACGGGAGUGACAGAGCAAUACUGAAGCACAACAUCACAGAAAAUCAGCCACAGUUUCCAGAUACAAUGAGCGAAGACAGUAUCGACAUCAUAGAAAGACUCUUGAAUAAAAACCCUGAAAUGCGACUUGGGUCAACUGAUGAAGAUGCGGAAGAUGUGAAGAAAUGUUCUUUCUAUAAGGACAUAGAUUUUGAUGCCCUGGCAAAAAAACAGAUAGAACCGCCAUACAUUCCGAAAAAGAAAACGACAGGAUGUUUUAGAAGGAUCUUUUGCAGGCGUAAAAAACGGAUUGCAAUGACAGAAGAAGGAUGCGAAGAACCUUUGAAUUUAUUCCCAGAGGUGUUCAAAAACUUCGAAUGUUCGCUGUUUCUACCAAGCGACAUUUAA